AUGUGGGCCAAAUUGUUAUUGCUUCUGCUUUCUAUGUAUACCGUUAAUAUGGACUUGCAAUUAUGGAAUCCUGGGGGCACAUCCAACAGACGUCACCGGCGGACAUCUGGCUGUAACACGAAUGUCUACUACGACAAGGUUUUAUUAAAGAAUGCUACCCUUAGAUCACAAUACAUAUUUACGGGUAAAGUGAACAAUGUCAGUUUUGGAAACACUUCAAGAACAUACUCAGUGAAUAUAAGUAGAGUGAUGAAAGGUAAUAUUAAUGAUAUUAGUGCGAAUGUGAAAUAUAAAACUAUUAAUUCGGUGAGUUUUAUUGACACAACGAUUUCUGUGCGGAGCUUAAAAUCAUUGAAAUGCUCGACGUUACGUGUUAGAACAUAUGCUAUAUUUCUCACUAAGUGUAGUAAAUAUCGACAAACUCUUAGACUUAAUUUGGUAAUCGAUCCGGUUUUGUUGACACUACGGAACAUUGAUAUCAUCGAAGCGGCGAUAAAAGGUGAGCCCUAA